AACAGGCCGUGUAACAAUCCCUCCUCCCGCAACAAUCACAACCCUAAAUAGUCUCAACUGGGAAACUAAUUUGCACCUCACCUCUGAAAGCCCAUCAUUUCUAAGGAAGGAAAAUUGCAGCGUUUUUAAAGCAAUUUGCAGAUAAAUCAUUGCGAUUUUAAUCACAGUGCAACUUAUACAGACAGAAUUCUGUGAUUUAUUCGGGUUUGUUCCCCACCCUCUUUUUUUCCUGGGGAUGAGGCGGGGAGGGGAUGCAGAAGGUAAGGAAGAAAGGGUGGGCAUGAAUAAUAGCUCCCACACCCGCAUUUAAAAAGAAAAGAAAGAAAAUCCUACAAUGACCAUUAGUUAGAUUUGCUUGUUGUUUAUGCAGCCAAAAAUACUUAUUUCAUUUUAAACAUGCCACCGUACAGCAGAGAAGCGUGAGAACGCCGAGAGAGCAUGGAGAAGGCUGGCCUUUCAAUCGAUCCAUUCCGCACUCUUUGCUGGGCUGCACUAAUAGAUGAACUCUGGGAUAGCUUAGUAAGGCCUGGCUGGCGCUUAGGAGGACGAAGGCGCUGAGCUCAAACUACGGAAGCUCAACUGCCUUUGGCGGGCGUGCAGGCUUCGCAGCUUGUUAAAAUGGGUCGCCGCUCAUCAGACACUGAAGAAGAGAACAGAAGCAGAAGGAAAAAGAAACAUCAUAGGAGGUCAUCUUCAAGCAGUUCUUCUGAUAGUAGAACUUACAGCCGUAAGAAAUCGGGAAGAAAGUCAAGGUCACGGUCUCGAGAUCUCCAGUUUCGUUCACAUUCAUAUGAGAAGAGGCACAGGCAUCGAUCUAGCAGCAGCUCUUCCUAUGGAUCCAAGAGAAAACGGAGUCGGAGCCGAUCAAGAGGGCGAGGAAAAUUAUAUCGGCCUCAGAGAUCAAGAUCAAAGAGCAGAACAAGAAGGUCACACUCCAGGCCUCAACAGCGUUCUUAUAGCCGAAGCAGUGAAAGGACAAGUCACAGAAGAACUCGUAGCAGGUCUCGUGAUAAAGAAAGACGUAAAGGCAGAGAUAAAGAGAAGACAAGAGAUAAGGAGCGGGCCAGAGGAAAAGAGAAGGAUCAGCAUUAUGCCAAAAGCGGGGAUGCUGGAAACAUCAAAACUGGAUUAGAACAUCUGUCUGCUGCUGAACAGGCCAAAGCUAGAUUACAGUUGGUUCUUGAAGCUGCUGCUAAAGCUGAUGAAGCAUUAAAAGCUAAAGAAAGAAGUGAAGAAGCAGCAAAAAAGAAAAAAGAAGCAUAUGCCGGGUACUCAUUUUACCGACCACGGAUGGAUGGAAGCCUGAGUGGACCUCGACCCCUUUUACCGGAGAUUCGACUUCCUCCUUCCUCCUUCCUUUGGAAUCGAACUCCGGACGUGAGCAGAGCUUCAGCUGCGUUACCGCUGCUUACCACUAUGCUCCACAGAGACCAAACCAGCCUCGUAGAGCAAGUGAAACGAGUGAAAGAAAUUGAAGCAAUUGAAAAUGACUCCUUUGUUCCACAGACAUUCAGAUCAAGCAAAGAAGUCAAAAAGGCAAUAGAACUUGCUGAGGUCAAGAAUGAACCUGCAACAGCAGAAGUGGGAAAUGCUGUUCUGACUACUACUGAAAAAGAAACAGUGACUGGAAUUAUUCCUACUACUAUCAAAUAUCAAGAUGAAAACUCACUAGCCCAUCCUAAUCUGUUUGUUGACAAAGCAGAAGCUGAAGAAAGAUGGUUCCAGAGGCUGAUUGCUCUUCGACAAGAGAGGCUAAUGGGCAGCCCCGUGGCCUGGGUGAAUUAAAUAGCCUACAGAAUUUCACUGUCUUCUGUGCGAUAAAAUCCCAGUGGUAAAAUUGGAGGAGUGUCCAAGUAAACAUGGUCUUUAAGGAAAGAAACAUUUUAACCUUGCCUCUAUGCAAGGCCAAUAUUGUUUUAACUGAGUACUGUAAUGACAUAACUGUACAUAUCUGAAUGGCUGGUGCUUGCAUCAUAAGCGUAGAAUGAGGGCUGGAUGAGAAGGAGCAUUGGACGUUCUGCCAAGGCACUGCAAAUAGGGAAUGGUGCCUUAUUGUCCCAAGGGCAGCUGAGAGAUCUUGGCUGUGUUUUGACAGAAUUCACUCCUGUUAGAAAGAACUUACAGGGUUUGUUUUCUCAGUCCAUCUCCCUAGGGCUAUCAACUGUAAUACAAGUUCUUUAUAAUUCAGAAUUGAAAGAUACCCAGAAUGAGACAUCUCUUAUUAUCAAAGGCUUUAAAAUGUAUACCUCUCUUCCACAACAGAAGCAAGCAAGUCUGAGCUUUUCUGUUCUUUGACUAUCUUUAUUAAAAUGUAAGCAUAUGCUUUGCAGUCUGUGCUACAAAUUACUCUGAAUACAGGAUACCAAUGAAUAGAGGGAAAGAGAAGUGAUCAUUUGGUCUUUUGCGCAGUUUUCAGUCUUAAAUUAUAUUCAGUGUGUAGCAAUGUGGAUGCAAUGAUAAGGUAUUAAGAUACUAUUUAAUAGCUCUGUGCUCUAAAAAUGAAACAUGCCACUGCAGUCUAUGCCACUUUCCCCAUUGAUGCUUGGUCACCAGAAAAGUCUAGAUAUGGAACUCCUUGAUAAGAAUUGGGAGACACUUGUAUAGGAAAGGCAUCCAGGAUCUCUAAACUACACAAUAAGAAUGUAAUUUUAUAAAGUAUAUGUUGCUAAGGACUUGAGGUUCUUUAAACAUGGAGUAUUUUCUGCUAUGUGUUCUUCAGUCUACAAUCUGAGUUAUAUUUGGAUAUUUUUAGAUCACUAGUGGCAGACUAAGUCAUGUUAAAAACGCUGCCAACUGCCACUAAACAAAAGAAGGAUUAACAUUAGUUGAUAAAGCAACCAUCCCUGUUUUGUGGUGUCCGCUUUUUGUACACAUACUGGCUGAGAUUCAAAGUGCCAUGUAUGGCAUUUUACACAUGUGCAAGGGCAUUUCAGUUUCUCCUCCCAGUGGUAGCCGCCCCCCCAAAGCCCUAGAUUGGAGGGGUCUCUGGAGCAGCACCCUAAUGGGUGAGAGGGAUUGCUGUUGGAAGUGGAGAUUGGCCAUUAACUUCCCCAUGUGCACAGGGAAUUGUUUUGCACAUAUUUGCAGGUGUCUGGAUCCACUGCUUUUGUCCUAUCAUAAAUAACUUUCUCAUGUGCACAGAAGAGCUGAACUAGAUCUUAAACUAUGCACAAAAGGGGUUAUGUAUAUGUAUACACUGUUUUAUCAUGCCUUAUCGUCUGGGGGGACAGGAAGAUCUACAGCUUUCAUAGCCGAGUAAUAAACCUUACUGUGCAAAAGCUUUAAUUGGUUUAGCUUUUCAGACUAAUAUUGUUUGUGACUUUUAGGAAAUUAAUGCACUGAAUUCGUCAAGGUGUAGUUGUGAGAUUUUGAGGACAUGAUUUAAUGCAACAAGUUAAGUGAUUAUAUAUGAAGUCUUUCUCCACCCCCCUCAAUUCAUGUUCAAAAGGUUAUUUACUAGAGGUUAUAUCCAAUGUUAAUCCUACUCAGACUAAACUUGAUGAAUUUAAUGGGCAUGACUAACUUUGGUCAAUUAAUUUCAGUGGGUCUACUCAAGCUUAGUUGGAUACAACCUUAGAUAUAUUUCAACUAUAAAAUAAAAUAAAAGGAUAGAAUGUCAAGUAAAAAACUUAUUUUCUGUCAAACAGAUGCUCAAAAAAUCAGUACAAUAUUCAGAAGGAGAUACCCAAAGGCUUAUGAUUGAUGAUGUAUUUUCACUGAAGUAAAAAAAAGUAAACUUCAUUCCCCAUUAGAAAAUACUGGCUAGAUUUUAAGAUACUCAGUUGCUAGGUGGGCAUAGAAAACAAAUCAAUAAAGUUAUUUAGUAUUGUGAGUACACUUGCUCAUGCAGGUCAUAUUAUGCACUCCUAAUCUUCCCAGCCAGCGCAGGGUACUAGAUUAUAUCUAUAUCUUCUCCCAUACAUUGCAGGCACAAGUUACAUUAAUUCUUGAAGCAUCAUAUUGUCAACCAAACUUUGCUUCAUCUCUUAAAAUAUGUUCUUAUAUGAAAGAUGAGUAGAAAGCUGAAAGAGAGAAAUUUCUUUAUUAAUAUAACCAAUUGAAUCAUACGUAGUCCUAUUUUCAUUUAUUUAUAUACUAGUUUAAUCCUAUCAGUAGUCUGUAUUGUAUAUGUAUAUGGUGUGCAGUGUUUUUCUCAAUUGUUUUUCCAAUAGAAAGAUGAAGUCAUUCUAUGUGUCCUACUUUUCAAAAUGCUAUCUACUGGUAUAGAGUGUGAUCAGUGAACUGAAAUCUGAAAAGGGGGUUAUGCAUAUUUCCACUCCUUCCCAAAGGAUCAGAGCAGGUUGCAUCAGGGGUUUCCAAACAGUGAUCUUCAAGCUUCAUUCAGGUGGCCCAUGGCAUGGCUGUGGAUUUGUGGUGAAAGAAUGGAAGAUCGCACAUCCAUCACAUUAAAUAUUCAUAUUGGUUUUAAUUGUAUUUUCAUUGCUUCCUUGAUUCCUAAUAUUCUAGUUUAGUAUAUUACAAUUUGAAUUCUAUGGAAGCAAUAUAAUAUACUUCAAAAGCAGACAGCAUCUAGCACAACACAUCUGCUACAACAGGUGGAAAAAUCAUUAAGCGGUCUGCCAAGACCCUCAGCAUUUUUCAGGUGGUCUGUGGGGGAAAAAAGAUUGGGAAUCACUGGGUUACAUUUUGUAUAAAGUAACUAUAAAAAAACAAAAACUCUUCAUUUUAAUAUUAUAAAAACAGCCGUUUAACCAAAUAUGAGUUUGGUCUAUUGUGUUAAAAUAUACUGGAGUGAUCCAAACUCACAUAUUUCUUUAAAUAUUUGCCUUCUCUAUCAAAACCAGAUGUGACUCUUAGUCAGCCCUAGCACCAGAUCCCCUUGCACAGACAGCUGCAUGCAUAGACUAGAUCCUAGCUCAACCCCCCCCACACACACACACACAAACACAAAAGAGACACAAAAAUAUAAAACUAGUAUGCCUUGGGGAUACCAAAGAAUGAACAGAACAACCUGAGUUCAUUCUCUAUUAACGUCACUGGGGUUCAGUCAUAGGUCCAUUCAAUCUUCUCUCUCUUUCAUUGUUUCCCUAAAAUAUGCAUUUUUAUAAAUUUUGGUGUGCACUUUUUGGGACCAGAUCUACCUCACAAAAUCUGGAGAAGUGCAUAAUCCAACUGAUUUGUGUGUUCCAAUCUGCAAGCAACUUCAGGAGCAUCAAAUCAGGUUUAAUUAAAAAAAAAACACUAUAAAAAGCAGACCAAACAAAUUUCUCCUCCAUCUCUAAAGAUAUAUUUUGCCCUUCUAGUAGUCAAUGCCUCCCAAUAUCAUGAUGAACCUGUCCCAAACAAAAUUCAGUAUGUAUCUUUUCCAUCUGUCCUGAAACCAAUUCCUCUUAUAGCCUUAGAGGCACCUGCUUGAUCAUAUGGAGCCUCUCCCACUCUUUCUAUUGUUUCUGUUUUGCCAACUAAAUAUAGCAUUAGAAAUAGCUACAAACAGUACUCAAAACAAGGGGAGAUUCACCAUGCUAUUUGAAAACGUUUCAGGAGAGGUAAUAGAAAAAGAACACAUUUUCUCUUUCUCUAGAAACUUUCUUCCUGCUAUAUAGCAAGAAAACUCUUGUUUGAGCUUGAAUUCCAGAGGUGGAAUAAGAAAAGCAGCUGUAACUUUGAUGCAACUGCUCCAGCAAGAAAGGAACAUAUCACAAAACUGCAAGACUGUAGUAUGCCUUCAGGCAUAUGCUUUCAAAGAAUAUUGGGGAUGCUGUCAAAGGAGAAAUCAUGUCUUUAUGUCAAAGGUAUUUUGUGGUUCCAAAUUGUGACUGAGCAUUUUGAGCUUUUUAUUUCAGCUCUAUAUUUCAUAUACAGCUGGUAUAGCACAGUGGGGAGGAGAGCCUGGCUGGGAGUCCAGAGUCUGUGAGUUCAAAUCCCUGCCCGUGUCUCCUGGGUGUAAAGGGCCAGCUAAAGAUCACCCCACAGUGAGCGGCUCAGGGGUUACAUGCCCUGCCACCUGUGCAGCCGUGGGCAAGCUGCAGAGUCCCAAGGAGCCCAGUUGCCCCCCAGCUGGCAGUUGCGGACAAGGCAGGGGCUGGCUUGUGCAGCUGUGGCAAGCUGAGCAGGCCCUAGCCAGCUGGGGAGGACUAGCCUCAGAGGGAGGCAAUGCUACACCCCCUCUGAAUACUGCUUACCAUGAAAACCCUAUUCAUAGGGUCGCCAUAAGUCGGGAUCGACUUGAAGGCAGUCUAUUUUCAUAUUUCAUAUAGUGCCAUAAAACCUCAUUUCAGACUGACUACUAGUCAUGAUGGCUAUGCACAGCUUCCAGGAUCAGCCAGCAUGUAUCUGAAUACAAGGGAACAACAGUGCAAGAUCUAGUGCUCUCAUGUCCUAUUUUUGGACUUAUCAUAGGCAUCUAGUUGGCCGCUGUUGGAAUCAGGAUGCUCCGCUUAAUUAGUCUUUUGGUCUGAUCCAGCAGGGAUUGGACCUUCCUGUAUUCUUGCAUUCUUAAAUCAACACAUCUUAUGCUAAAUACAGCCCAUUAAACAUUCUGAUUCUCCAUCUUUGAAGUGAAUUGUAUUUACCCUAAAAGUAUGGUCCAGUUGUGUUAGGGGGCUUGCUCAGAGCAGGAUGACCACAUUACCAUUAUUACAUAUCUCUCCUAUGGAUCCAGUCACUGUAAUUUAGGAAAUGUGUAUAUUUUCCGGUGGUCCCCUAAUGGAAUCCAACGUAUUAGGCUACCUUCAGUCAUUGUCAGGGCUUGAGCCAUAUAUAGCUGUAGAGUGGGAGCAAAAAGCCAAAUCACAUAAGAGCCAGGAAGACUAUUGCUGUCUAGUCAAAGUCAUAGCUAGACAGGAAACUUUUCAUCGCCCUUCCUGUUAGAGAGCCAAAGGUCAACCUCCAGUACUGGAAACUCUUUGCUACUCAAAUAGAUGCUCCAAACUGCUGCCCUGGUGGCUCUUCAUUCUAUGCACAGAGCUGUGGGUUUCAAGAGGGUUCCCCAGCAACUUUAGCAGUGGUGUAUCCUGCCAUAUAUUAUUUAUUAUUGUUUGUUUGUUUGUUUGUUUUGGAUUACAUCAGAGCAGAGCAUAUGACUGAUAGGCAACAUUGUUUUCCUUUGCUAUUUUUUUUCCAGAUAGUACUGCAUUUAGCAGUCUCAGUAGUUAAGAAACUAGGUUCUAAAAAACAAAA